UAGCAGUAGUGUCAUGCUGUGACUGAUAAAAGGUUUGGAGACGCUGCAUUAAAGCACCAACCCGUCGCGUUAUUGCAGUGUGUGGUGGAAUAUUUAGCAGCCCUGUCAAAGUGAGUACACCUAGAGUCAAGAUCUCAGAGCCGAUUCAGGAAACGCUGUUUGAGUAUAGGCAACUCGUCUGAAAUCGCCCUGCGACGUUUUGGAAAUGACAAUGAAAAUGGCGAAGAAUCAUGUAGUCCAGUUUGGUGUGUUUUACGCGUUACUGCUUCCAGUCUGUGGUUAUGUUCCCUCUCCAACAAACAUCAGUGUUGUCUGCCACAACUUUGUAAAUGUGCUGUACUGGAACUACAGUAACCCAACUGAACAGCUGAAAUUCAGUGUAAAUAUUAAACCUUAUGAGAGUGUUUCCCAAAGUGUUGACACCUCUCAGAUGUACCUUGAUAUCAGCAGCUACAGCAGAGAUGCGGGUGAUGAUUACUUUGUGUCUGUGACGGCACAUGAUGGGCAAGAGAAAUCGGAAAGCGUCUCCAUUAGAUUCACCUACAGCAAAGACUUUUUUGAUGAGAACAAACAUAAAUAUAAAUGCUCUUUGGACUUUCCAGCUGUAAAUACAUCUGUCCACAAAGAUGUGAUUAAAGCAUCCUUUCAGCACCCUUUCUUACAUCAUCAGCAAGACAUUCUGAAACAAAUAUUUAUGUACACAGUCACACAUGAUGAGCUAAAAGUUUUAUACUCAUGUUUUGAAGAUGAGGACCUGUGCAUUUCAGAAAUACACUUUAACCAAAGCGUAGCUGGACAGUGCAUUGAGUUGAAGUUUGAAGGGAAGAUUGCUGGUAUUCCUUUAUAUACCUACAUACAUGUUUGUGUCCCUCAGCAGACACCUGAGACAGACAAAACAGGAUUAAUCGCAGCUUUGCUAGGCGGAGGGACCAUUGUGCUCUUCAUUAUCAUGGGCGUUAUAAGGCUGCUCUGGAGGAAAUGGUCCACAGUCUCCAAAAUUACUCAAGGUUUGCAGAGCCUUAUCCCUGGGCAAUCUCCUUCUCCAACCCUUCUUUUCCUACCCGAGGAAACCACCAUUUCUCAAAUGACAUCUCAGGGACACAGAGCCCAAAUGAGAAAGGAAAAUUUUAAUUAUGGUUCUCCCUCCACUUCCCAAGCAAACACUAGCCUUGAUGACACUGUAGGUGUUCUACCUGAGGUUUCUGAAGAGGAUGUUAAUAACGACAACUCUGAAGGCUUCGUCAGGUCGUCCGAUUAUGACAGACCCAAAUUCCUGUAGGAGAUGAGUCCCUGAGACAUUACUGGAGGGAUAUAACUGAAAAUGUAGGCAUCUGUUGACCAGUGAGAAUUUCAGAGUGGCAGAUGCAGAAAUCUAAUUUCCUCCCUUCCACCUGAUUUAAAACUGAUUUGACUUAAAAACACAUUUUACACAUUCCUGUGUGUUAAAGUCUUUGACAAGGUCAAUGUUUCUGUGAAGUUUCAGUUUAAAACACCCCAGAUAUAAUUAUUAUAAUUUAUAUAUAAUCUGGAAAAUGUCGUUUUUGUCUACAAAAGAGCUGUUUUGGUGUGUAUCACUUUAAAUGCAAAUGGGCUGCAUAUUCCUGUCCCAUCUUCAGAAGACAGUGUAGCGUAUACUUUGCUUUGCAUACCUACAGCAACAACCAGUUGGUAGAAGCAACAUGACAGAGAGCGAGAGAACCGGUGUUUAGUCCAUACAUGUAUGAACUGGUGUCAGACACAGAUGAAGGAGAGACUCAGGAUGAAAACCAGGAUGUCUCAGAAUAGUUAUUUGAUGCAUUAAUGUACUUGUAGAGUUUUCACAGCACAUUUGCAGUGACAGAUAAGCAACACACAUACAAACAAAUACUUUGAUAAUGUUUGCUAUACGACACACCAACACAAAUAUGUUUAAAACCUGGUUGAAGGCUGGAGUAAAAUGAUUUGUGCAGACAUAAACGAGUUUAGGUAGAUUUUGAGGCAAAUUACCUUCAAAAAUUAAAUUAAUCCUCUGUGUCCUCAGUGGCUCAGAUGUUGGGAGAAAAUGAGGACUCUUAUGUUCAGUCUUACAUCCAAACACAGAACAACAGGAUUGCUUACGAGACAUUGUUGACAUCACAGCUGCUCGAACAUGGAAAAAAAAUGAAGAACAGCAUACAACCAACAACAGUUACAUCGUUAUAAAAGUAACUAAUUACCAAGGAAACUCUUGUGUUACUCAAAAAAAAAAAAAAAUCAAAUAUGCCAAAUAACUUUGAUGUCCACAAUAUUAAAUAUGUUAAAUGAAUGAAAUGGACACUAAAUAGAAUAGAUUAUUGUAAGUAUUAUCAACCCUCUACAGACACCUUGGCAAUGGCCAUUGGCUAGCAAAUUGUUUAGUUUACUCACCAGACUAAUAUUAAACGUCUGAUAACAUUAUAUAUGUAUAUAUAUUUAUAUAUAUAUAUAUAUAUA